UAUUGAGCAUCAAGAAACAAUUGGUAUGGAGGAUUUUGAACAAAUUUUUGAACAUACGCAAUUAGGCCUCGUUGUUAUUGAUACAUACAUAAGGUUUUUGUAUGAAAAAUUGAUGCACCCGAGUGGAUUGAGGCAAAGAUUCGCUUUCUUAGCUCCCUUCAAUACCAACUUAGGGUUAAUCAUAUCUAAACCGGAUGAAGUCAUGGCGUAUGUACUCAACCGAUUUAUGGCCAGCAUAAAUUCAGAAAAGUUGUUCUUUUUACCGUUUAAUACCGGCAACGGUGGACAUUUGUUGUUGGUCGCGAUUAAUCCUAUCAGUGAAGUUGUAUAUUUUCUGGAUUCCUUACACAAUCUAGUUAGUACAUACGAAGCUAUGAAGAAGUUGGUUGAUACCGUUAUACAAGUUUUUCGAGCACAAAGAGGAAGUCAAGUACCAAAGAGUAAAGCCAACAACAUCACAUGGAUUCGAGUGGAGUGUCCUGGGCAGCGUAAUGAAGUAGAUUGCGGUUUUUACAUGUUGCAGUUUAUGAAAGAAAUUCUUCUUUCGAAUCAAAUAGAGAUUUCGUCCAAGUACUUUGAUGACUUCAAGUGUGCUACUUACUCAAGAUCUAAGUUGGAUGAACUUAAGGAGGAAUGGUGUCAAUUCAUGAUUGAGUUGAAAGUUGUAUAGGUAUAUUGAAAUCUUACUAUAAUUGAUGAGAAUUUUGAGUAUAGCCAAGUGCAUGUUACAAUAUUUGAUUUAUCUACAUAGAUUAUUUAGUGAUAUGUAGGCCGUUUGAAAUACAUUCGUGGCAAAUGUAGAAUGGUUUUAUGUACACUAAUGUAGAAUGUUUUUCACCUUUAUAUUAUUUUGUUUUUGGUUUUCUGUUAUUCUGUUUUGUGAUUGUAAUGGUUUGAUGCAAUUGCAAGAUAUUGAAGGGUAAAAAGGUUAGCUGGCAAGAAGAAAAAGUAGAUAUUUAGCAUCCUUUUGACUUGUGUAAAAAAUAACAAUGUUUUGGAUGAUGCAAUUGUUUUCAUUGAAUUGGAUGUAAUUUUUUUGUUG